AUGACCGCACCGAAUGAUGGCAACCGGACGCCAACUCCAAUGCAAGUGCAUGUUUAUACGGACGAAAACGGUUGGACUUCCCUGGACCCAAAUGUGCCACUUUCACAACAACCACUAGCCGGCACAUUUUUUUCAUCUCAGGUUUCACCCAAUGAUCAGUCCGGUUUUCGUGCAAUGUAUGUAGAGUCCAGUGUAAAAAGCACAUCAGAUCAACCACAACAACGAGGCAUGAUGAUCACAUCUGGAAUGCCUCCAAUGACCACGCAUGAUAACCAGGGAAGGCCUCAAACUCCAAUGCAAACAAUUAUUUAUCAUAGUAAUCAGCCCUUUGCCAAUAUCCCACCACCACCGGGAUUUGAGAAUUUCCCUCCACCAAUGACCUGGUGUCCCGGUACUUUGCCAAUGCCACCCGGAUUUCAGGAUAACCGAUUCGGAGAGAACAGAACUAAUGAAUUUGGAUUUCCUCCGGCUCUGCCCGGUUUUCAUCCUCCCACACCGCCUAUACCAAUGCCAUGGCCUACCGCACCCAACGGAGGACCUACCGUGAUCACUGCAAUUCAUACCACCACAUCCACCGCCCCUAUGGAUGAUCCCCGAUUCCACCCAAGCAACCCCGACGGCUCCCCGAAUACGGAUCGUAACGUAAAUAACACCGUAUCAGAAAUCCAGCGCAGUUCCACAAAGCCUAAUUUGUUGGAUCAGAAUUCAAUUGACCGUAUGAGAACUUUAGGACACAAAUGGCACCACAGACAGAUGAAUUCCUGCGGGGACGUUCAUUCCAUGCAAUCUACUCCACUGAAGCAGGAUUAUAAUUCACAAAAUUCGCAGCAAGAUUUAAGUCAGUCUACCGGUCCGAUCUGAUACGAUCCACCAAAAGCUCCUCCUGCACCGGUCUCUGUGGACAAAGCCACGAGCACGCAGGAGAGAACCAAAAGAACCAAAAAUCAUAAAACUGUUUGGGGAAUUAUUCUACCGCUUGCUGUUCGUCCCUUGUUUCACGAGGCGGAAACGGAAAAAAUGAUUCCCAUCGAGAAUGUGGAAAAUUUGGCCUCGGUGGAUUUGAAUGCCACACAUACGAUACAAUCAGUUCAGGCGACGAGUCCUCCGGUGUCCCCGGUCGUUCAAAGGAGUUCCUGUGGUUGCAGUGGUUCGUCAUGUGAUUGCAGUGAAAGUUCCGAUUCUCUUUUGAGCACCUUUUUAGAUGUGACCACAGAUUUAAUUAUUAAAGCAGCCCUAUUGCCGUGCGAGGAAAGUGGCGCCGAUUUGAUCUCAGGUGGUGGACAGUUUAAUGACAUUGUGUUGCUACCUGAAGAUCCAGGUCGAGGCCGAGAUGCAGCCGCACAAACUCGAACGGAGUAA